GUCCAGGCGGAAGUGCGCGAGUUCACGAGACCAAAACAGAAACAAGAGUUUUCUGAAGCCUUUUGUGGACUCGUUGAUUUACAUUUCUGAUAUUUGUUAAAAGGUGAAACGGUUGUUGUUAUUUUGACAAUGCUCACUUUAACAACAGAGAGACAAAUUCUGCCCAUUUUCGUGUUUGCUGCCGUCGUUCUCGUCAGCUUUGUUAGCCAGGCAGUAUGUCAGACAACACCGUCGCCGUCACCAGCACCAGCACCCUGUUCUGUGUACUCUACAUGUGACACCUGUGUCCCACAUGCCGAGUGUCUGUGGUGUUUUACCACCAACAAUUGUACACACUACCCGGUGUCCUGGCUUCUGCCUCCACCAUCAGUGUGCAAGUGGUCCCAAGCCCGUUGGGGAGUGUGUUGGCUGAACUUUGAAGCUCUGGUCAUUACUCUGAGCGUAAUAGGUGGAACACUUCUUCUCAGCCUCAUCAUCUGCUGCUGCUGCUGCUGUUGCUGCAAAAAGCGUCGAUCACGGUCUGACCGAGAGGAAGAAAGAUACACCAGGAGGCGAGAUGAGAUGAGACAGCGUGCCGAAGAACGGAAAUUGGAGAGAAAGGCAAAAAACGAUGAGAUCCGCCGGAAGUAUGGUCUGAUGAGCGACUCGGACCAUCCUUACAGCAAGUUUGAAAAUGAGUAACGGCGCCGUCCCUGGGACUGUCUGUCCAGCUGCUCACCCGUCUUCUGUUUUAGCUUGGAGUCAUGCCUUUUUCUGAUGCAACACAAAACAGAAAUACAUUGAUCCACACUGAUCAAAUUCAGGCAAAUGUUUAAUUUCACAUUUUUUGGAACAAUAAGAAUCCUGAUUGAAGAGUGUCUGAAUUUAUUCUGUUUUCCAUUGCUGUGUCCUGCAAAUGCUGAAGCUUGUUUUUAAAAUGCUGAUUUCUUUUGUGAAAUAACCUGAUGAUUUUUUUUUUAACUGUAGUUUCACAGAUUUUACACUUUGUACAUUAGUAUUGAGUAUUAUUCUACAACAUACAAGCUGAUCAUUGUACCGUUGAUGUGUAUGGUGGCAUGAAUAAAGUUACGAUACGAUACA